AUGAUCCUCUCACCAAAUCGCAUCUCCAUACAGCCAGGUCUUACCUCUACACGCAGUGGUAAAGAACAUCGAUAUUUCGAUCAUUUUCGUCAUCGAACCAUAUUCGGAUUGAUGGGAGUGAAUGCCGAUUCCGAAUUUUGGCAUCGAAUGAUCCUUCAGCUCAGUGAAGCACAUCCCGCGGUUCUUCAUGCCGUAAUUGCCAUUUCGGUUUUGCAUGAAUAUCUAUGCAAUCCUUCGUAUACGACCCAACGGACUUUUCUCCAGCAAUAUAAUAAAUCAAUUCGAUAUAUUCGUGCUCUGAAAUCGGAGGAUGAGAUUCAAGUUACGUUAACAUGUUGCAUUAUAUUCGUCUGUUUGGAAAAUGCGCAGGGAAAUCACGGAAAAGCACUCGAACAUUUGGAAAAUGGAUUAAGGAUAUACAAUACAUGGAAAGCGCAAGAUGUAACCCCAGCAAUAAAACAAGCACAGGAAAAUAUUCUCGAGGUCUACACCCGUUUCGACGUUCAAGCAACCUCCUUUUGGGACUCGCGCAAACCUAUUUUAAUUUACGAUAGUGAUACUCAAGAACCCGAAUGCGGUGAUCGUUUCCCAAGUCUCCAUGCUGCAAGUCUCGCGCAACAAUACUACGAGCUUCGUAUUUUCUACGUCCUUACCGCUGUAUCCCCCAAACCAUCUCAUUCCCAUGGUCAACAACAAUGCCAAAGCCCCUCAAAUUCCGAAGCUCCAUUUCCCCACCGCACCAAACUCCUCCACGCCUUCAACACCGGAAUGUUAAACUGGAAACGCGCAUUCGACGGCCUAAUCCGAAGCUCCUUCUCAACCUGGAAUUUCCGUGAAAUCCACCGCAGUCUCCUCCUACACCUACACUAUCAAACGCUCUCCCUGAUCGUCGACUUGCGCGUCCAUUCCCACCUUACAACAAACUCAUCACAAAUCCCUGUUUCCGAACUUGGACGAUUCCAAACCAUCAUCGAUAUUUGCCGAUCCGUACUCACACACGCGAGCUCGGAAUAUAAUGAUGCUUUCCUCACGGCAGAUGGAGGAGUUAUCGCCUCGUUAUAUUUUAUAGCUAUGUCAGCACCAAAUCCUCAUUUAUAUCAGCAAGCAAUCUCGCUCCUCCGAUUGGUGAAGAAAAAAGAGGGAUUUUGGCAGCCGGAAGAGGUAUUGAAGGUUGCGGAGGAGGUGGCGAGGAGGAGAGAGGGCAUGGGUGAGGAUUUAUGUGAUGGGUGGGAGGGGGCGCAAUUGGCGGGUGUGAAGUUUCGAACUGAGUUGUUUCCAGAGACGAAGGCGGAGGGGGAGAUGGAGGCAGGACUUGCUCAUGAUUUGGAGAGGAAUAUGGCGUUUGGAGAGGAAGUAAUGAAAAAGGUUAGUGAUGUUAUUUGUGAAGAACUUCCUUUUGAUGAUGAUACUUUUAGGGGCUUACAUGAUGAUGUACAUGAUUUACAUAAUUAUUAG